CGGAUGUAGCAGGCGCCACGGUCGCGCUCGUCUAUUCACGAAGAGAAGCACAGCGUGACGUAAACGACGAUCCAAACAAGUAUCAGCUGUGUUGCAGUCAUUGUUCGCUGGCUCGUAUCGGUCGGUUCUGGCAGACGGAACCCCGAUUCGUUCGAGUCUCCUCCAUCGGUUUGUACGUCGACGUGGGCAGCGUAAUUUGGUGACUGUUGGUGGCCGAUCUCGACGGUGGACACGCGUGGAGGCGUGAGAACGCUUCGGUGGGAAUCCGACACAACGCAUCAGCAAGUGGAGAGCUAAAGAGAGAGAAGAAAAAAAGGUGGAAGGCUAGGCUAAGAAAACGACUAGGAAAAUCUUUUUCGUUUGCCCCAACGCAAUCGUGGCCUUGUGUGCGCGCCUCAACCCCGGUCCCGAGCCUCCAGCCAUCAAGCGCUGACGCUUACUCCUCGGGGGGGAACAAUAAUCGUGUGAAAAACGGAGCGGUACGUGCAUAAGCCUGGCCUCGAGCAGCGAGUCGGACGACGGUGGACUCGCUCCGCCACCGCGCAAAAGGUCCCGUAGUUCCCUGCCGGCUACUCUACGACCAGCGGACGAGCACCACUCCUCCAGUUCGAACAUGGAUAACUAUCGUGUGCACGACAGCAUUAUGCAGCAAACCUCGAAUAGUGGUGUUUCUUCUGGACUACAACAAAAUGGAUCUAAGACAGAUUCCGGUGGACCACAUGCCAACGGCAAUUUAUUGCUAGAAUCUGAUAGUGAUGUCAAUGGUGUGAAUGGAGAAAUAACUCAGAGUUUGGGGCCUCCAAAAAUAAUGGACAAAACCAAUCAGGAUAUUGUGAGACUUAUUGGACAACAUUUAAGGACAGUUGGUUUAGAUCGUACAGCAGAUUUGCUUAUGCAAGAAUCGGGCUGUCGGCUGGAUCAUCCUGCUGCAGCCAAAUUCAGACAGCACGUUAUGGAUGGUGAUUGGAAUAAAGCAGACCUUGACCUCAAUGAACUUAAAUGUUUUUUAAAAUGUGCAAACCAGAGUUUAGUGGAGAUGAAAUUCUUAUUACUGGAACAAAAAUAUUUAGAAUACUUGGAAGAAGGAAUGGUUUUUGAUGCAUUACAUGUACUGCGCAACGAGCUUACACCCUUAAGCCACAAUACCGGGCGUGUUCAUCAAUUAUCUUUAUUUAUGAUGUGCAGUGGACGGGAUGAAUUACAGACACGUGCAGGCUGGGAUGGAAAAGGCCCAGUUUCCAGAGCUGCGCUCAUGGACAAAUUGCAAAAAUACCUACCACCAUCGAUUAUGUUACCGCCACGACGACUGCACUCUUUACUAUUGCAAGCCGUGGAAAUGCAAAAUCAACAGUGCACGUAUCAUAUAUCGAAUAGGCAGCAAAUGAGUCUAGAGAAUGUCUCUCUGCUCGUGGAUCACAAUUGCGGUAAGGAUGAGUUCCCGUGUCAUACCAUACAAAUACUCAAUGAUCAUUGCGAUGAGGUUUGGUUUUGCAAAUUUUCACCGGACGGUCUUAAACUGGCCACAGGCUCUAAAGAUAUGACUGCAAUUAUAUGGGAUGUAGAUCCAGAAACGUUAAAGAUAACGCAUAGAAAAACACUCGAAGGACAUACGUAUGGUGUAGCGUUAGUUGCCUGGAGCCCCGACAGCAGUCAUAUAAUUGCGUGCGGACCUGAAGACUGUCCCGAAUUGUGGCUUUGGAACAUUGAGACGCCGGACUGCGAAUUGCGCGUGAAACUGACUCAAGGCACAGAGGAUUCGUUAACUGCCUGCGCCUGGCAUCGAGAUUCGAAUAAAUUUGUAGCAGGAGGUCUUCGUGGUCAAUUUUAUCAAUGCGAUAUGGACGGCAAUGUUUCCGACUCCUGGGAAGGAGUGAGAGUAAAAUGUCUGUGGUGUCGAAGCGAUGGGAAGACUGUUUUAGCAGCAGAUACGCAUCAUCGCAUUCGCGCGUACAACUUCGACGAUUUAUGUGAUUUCACAGUAUUACAAGAAGAACAUCCUAUUAUGUCUUUCACCGUUAACAAAGCGGACCGACUUGUGGCACUUAACUUAGCGAGCCAAGGCGUUCAUCUCUGGGACUUGCAAGACAGAUGCCUUUUAAGACGUUUCCAAGGUGUCACCCAAGGACAUUUCAACAUUCACAGCUGUUUCGGAGGAAUGAAUCAAGAUUUCCUUGCGUCUGGUAGUGAAGAUAAUAAAGUGUACGUGUGGCAUGUCAGAGGAGAACAACCUAUAGCGACUUUCACAGGGCACAGUAGAACGGUGAAUUGUGUCGCAUGGAAUCCCGUUUACCAUCAAAUGAUGGCUUCCGUAUCGGACGAUUUUACAGUAAGGAUAUGGGGUCCACGGUCGUAUGUUCCAGACGGAGGUGUUGAAGAAAAGACCGAUCAAACCAGAUUAGAAAAUUGUUCAAAAAGCAGCGGUUGGCACGAAAUGAUAUCGUAGCGAACUACAGAGCACCAGUGUUUCCAUGACCUCACGGUGUUCAAAAGACUGUCAUACUGACUUGACUGUCGCACUGUCUUGUUGAUUAUCAUACAUUUUACUGCCUUCUGCAGUUGCUCCUCCAUACCUCGUGUCGCGGUCUCUUAGCCACCAACCGCCGUGUAUGAAGGUAAAAACGGGAGGAAUGUACAUGUUAGCAACGAUUGCUAAACAAGCCGCCAACAACUAAAAACAAAAAAAUCGAAACCAAGCGUCAAAUUAUGAUUUUCACACAUUUGUGCAUAUAUCUUGUUUUUCUUUUUUUUUUUUUUUCAUAUUAACUUUACGUAUUUUAUAUAUGCAUCUCCCAUAUAGUGUCCGUUAUGUUAUCGUAAUUAAAUUGUCGAGUGAUUUAAUCGUCAGAGCUAAUAAUCGAAAAAAAAAAAAAAUAUGACACAGCAUAAUACAA